AUGUGUAUUACUCACAAAGGAGCUGUUGUCUUGGAAACAGAGCGACUCCUUCUUCGACCCUUCAAGAAGGAAGACGCUGAAUACGUGUUCAAGUAUGCAUCUGAUGACGAAACUACCCGCUUUAUGCGGUUUCAAACUCACAAAUCCAUAAAAGAUAGCGAGGACAUCGUAAACAUAUGGGUGAACGGAAAUUCGGAUCCUCAUUGCUACAAUUGGUGCAUCGUCUGCAAGGAAUGCGGCGAAUGUGUCGGAUCGAUUGCGAUCAAUGAGAUCGUAGAAUACCACAAUCAAGGAUCGAUCGGGUACAUCUUGCGGAAAGACCAUUGGAACAAGGGGCUUAUGAGUGAAGCCUGCAAGAGAUUGAUUCGAUUCUGUUUCGAAGAGCUGAACUUCCAGCGUGUCGAAUCCAUCCAUAGUCAAGAAAACCCUGCUUCGGGGCGUGUGAUGGUGAAAUCCGGAAUGCAAUUCGAGGGAACCAAGAAAGAGUAUUUCCCAACCGAUCACGGCUAUGUUGACUGCAACAUGUACGCAAUCACUCGUUCUCGAUUCGAAACGCUUUUCUCUCAUUCCUCUGUUUGUAAACAAACACUCCAUUCCUGA